AUGGCACACAUUUAUACACCUCGGUCACUCUCCGAUAUUAGGGAAUUACGCAUGCGCAUAGAGACAGAAGAUCCGUUGUUUUAUGGAUUAAAAAAGUUGAAAAUGAGAGGACGAGAUUUGGCCAACAUUCCUCCUGCGUUGUUUCAUCUUCAAGAACUCGAAGUCCUCGAUCUCAGUCCGGAACGGGAAUCGUGCCUCACAUUCAGACUCAUGUUCGUUCCACGGACAAUCUGCAAACUCGUUAACUUGAAAGUGUUAGUGCUUGACACAAACGAAUUAGAUGAAAUUCCGCUUGAAGUUACGAAACUAAUCAACAUAGAAAGGCUAGCUCUGAGCAAUAAUCAGUUAAGUUGGUUACCUGAAGGUUUCAACAAACUCAAAAAGUUAAAGAGUUUGCAUUUAGCAAACAACGAAUUUGAGGAAUUUCCGAUGCAACUUUGUGAAAUUGAUGGAUUGGAGUUUCUUGAUCUUUGUGAUAACAAAUUGCAUGUGCUUCCCGCGGAAAUCAGUCGCCUGUCAGAGCUGCACACAUUACUGCUGUUCUUCAACCGCUUGGAAGCACUGCCAGAGACGAUAUGUGAAAUGACCUACCUCAAUUGUCUCUGGAUUGGUAACAACCUCAUCAAACAGCUGCCUCGAGCAUUCGGAAAUCUGAAAUACUUAGACUGGGGCGUUAGAUACACAUCAUCGACUCUUGACGGUAACCCGCUGGUAAGUCCCCCGAUUGAAAUAUGUCGUAUGGGACCAGGCGCCAUUGAAAAAUAUCUUAAUAGCUCGAGGGGGGACAUCACCAGUCGGAACAGCAAUAAAAGCUUGGUAAACGGUGGACAACGUCGAGAUGAUGAGGAAAGUGACAGAGGUCAAAGUCGAAACAGUAGGUCUAAAUAUGAAAAUGGUGACGGAGGUGGGAAAAAGAGAACUGGCAACACACGAGAUAAUCGGAAGAGCACGAGGGCACGAAGGGAAAGAAACAUACAGCUCCAAGAUUAUUCAGAUGAAGACGAUAAGUAG